AUUGUUCAGCAACAACAACAACACAAAUCAUCGGUUCCGUUCCGUCGCAGAAAUAGAAAAAAGGCUUUCUUGUCCCACAGGGCAGGGAGACCGAGAGAGCAGUCUAGUGAUUAGUUGAUCACCAGACGUCCAGACACCAUGAGCUCCCGCAUGGCUGGAGCAGCGCUUCUGCGCCACCUAGGCCCGCGCCUGUUCGCGGCCGGGCCUGCGGUGUCCGGGCUCACCGCGAGGGGCGGCAUGCCCGCGGCCGCGAGGCUUCUCCCCGCGCGGAUGGCCAGCACCGCCGCGGAGGCUGCCAGAGAGGACGCCGGUGCAAAUAAACGGCACGGCGGCACCGAGAAGCAUGAGGAGGAGGCAGCAGGCGGGCAGAGCAAGAAGGCCGUCGUCAGCUACUGGGGCAUCGACACGCCCAAGCUCGUGAAGGAAGACGGCACGGAGUGGAAGUGGACCAGCUUCCGGCCGUGGGACGCGUACACGUCGGACACGUCCAUCGACAUAGGGAAGCACCACGCGCCGACGACGCUGCCCGACAAGGCGGCGUACCUGAUCGUCAAGUCGCUGCGCGUGCCCAUGGACCUCUUCUUCCAGCGCCGGCACGCCAGCCACGCGCUGCUGCUCGAGACGGUGGCGGCCGUGCCGGGCAUGGUGGGCGGCAUGCUCCUCCACCUGCGCUCGCUCCGCCGCUUCGAGCACAGCGGCGGCUGGAUCCGCGCGCUGCUCGAGGAGGCCGAGAACGAGCGCAUGCACCUCAUGACGUUCCUCGAGGUCACGCAGCCGCGCUGGUGGGAGCGCGCGCUCGUGCUCACCGCGCAGGGCGUCUUCUUCAACGCCUACUUCGUCGGCUACCUCCUCUCCCCCAAGUUCGCGCACCGCGUCGUCGGCUACCUCGAGGAGGAGGCAGUGCACUCGUACACCGAGUACCUCAAGGACCUCGAGGCCGGCAUCAUCGACAACACCCCGGCGCCGGCCAUCGCCAUCGACUACUGGCGCCUCCCCGCCGACGCCAAGCUCAAGGACGUCGUCACCGUCGUGCGCGCCGACGAGGCGCACCACCGCGACGUCAACCACUUCGCGUCGGACAUCCAUUACCAGGGGAUGAAGCUCAAGGACACGCCCGCACCGCUCAGUUAUCACUGACAAGUAGGCGUUGCCUGCCUGCUGCUCAAUUCAGAGUUCUUACACGUUAGACUGUCAUUGGUCUUAAUAUGUUGUUGUGCUAGCCAAAGUUGCUUAGCAGAUCAAGACUGGUUUGCUACUCGGAGGUGAACUAGUUGCCUAUAUGGUUUGUACGUACCAGUAUAUUGUAGAUAUUUGAAAUAACAAAUAUAAGAAUCCGGUGUGAUGUUACUUAU